CGUGCUCGGCUGGAUCGAUGUGAACGUUAUGCGAAUGCGAUGCGUACCAUCAUCGUCGGGCGCUUGACUUGCAGACGAGCUUUGGUUGGUCGGCUGGCUGCCGUCCUGUUCGUGCUCGAUAGGUGCGGCCCUGCGACAUGCUGUGCUGGGGACCGCCUGGUUUGACGUGGACCGGAUGCGCGCGCUCGAUGGGCUAGCGUGUGAGAAGAAUCGAUUGGUUUGUCGCUGGGCGAGUCGUCGGCGUCGUCGUGUGCGCCGCCGCCGGGCAAAGUCACCCGUUUGGUUUUGAUUCCGACGGUGGCCAACCUGUGCUCUCGUGAAAGUCACCGUAGUUUUCUUUCAAAAAAAAGAAAAAAGAGUGUCAUCGUAGCGGCGGGGCCGGCGGCGGCGCGACGGCACUACUCGAUCAAGACCGAGGUACGGUGAAAUACUGAAAUACCGCGGUCUGUGUAAAUGGAGAACAAUCUCCAGCAAGCUCGGCUGCACCCGCACGAUAAGGCCGCAUAUCAAUCGGGCCAUGACGGACGGCCCAACAAGUACCAAGUCAUCCAUCGACUUGAGUCUCGCACCGCAAACCUUCCUCUCCGUUACCCUCUCUCCUCUCCGUCGCUGUCGUCGCCGUCCGUGCGAGUCAUGGAUCCAGCCGCUCCCCGCCGCGGGCGCCUACAGAUCUACCUCCUGGUGGUGGCCCUCACCGUACUCGUGGCCCUCGCCGCGCGGUCCGGCGCCGAGGUCAUCACCCUCACCGAGGAGACCUUCUCCGACAAGAUCAAGGAGAAGGACACGGUAUGGUUUGUGCAAUUUUGCGUCCCCUGGUGUAAACACUGCAAGAACCUUGGAACACUUUGGGAGGACCUGGGAAAGGUUAUAGAAGGUGAGGAUGAAAUUGAGAUAGGGCAAGUCGACUGUGGUGUCAGCAAACCAGUAUGCUCCAAGGUGGAUAUCCAUUCCUACCCAACAUUCAAGGUGUUUUAUGAAGGCGAAGAAGUAGCAAAAUAUAAAGGACCUAGGGAUGUGGAAUCACUGAAGAACUUUGUAUUGAAUGAAGCUGAGAAAGCGGGUGAGGCAAAGCUACAAGCUGAUUAAGGCUAGAACAUGGGCGUAAAGAAGGAUCUUGCUUAGAUCUUUUUGAUCUUGCCACCGUGUCCUGUAUCCUGGCAUUUGAUAGAGUACAAGGGCAGUUCCUAGAAAAGAAAAUACCUUGUAUCUUUUGAGUUUUCACCUGCUAUUCUGAAUCAGCUAAUGGAAGUUCACAUGUACUCCAGUCCAUACGAAGUGUUCGACAUUGAUAAACUUCACUGAUUAGAAUGCAACGACACAUAGGCCUAUC